AUGACUCGUGCAGAACGUCUGCUCAGAAACUUUUUUGUUGCUGCGGUGCUCUACAUCGGCGUCUUCCUUGGCUACAUCCCUGCACCGAAGUCAUUGGAGGAGAUUUGGUUGUACGUGCCGUUCUUGGUCGUGGUUUCGUUUGGAUUGUGGUGUCUUUACACUCUCGUUUACGGUGUUUUGACGUUCCAGGACAAGGAAGCGGAUUUCAAAGAGCUCGUUAAGGAAAUCGAAACUGCAAAGGCAGAUCUGAGGACGAAGGGUGUUACGGUUGACUGA